AUGGUGUUCCUGGACUAUGCCGUGUCCUACUUUUUCUCCAUGGGUUUCUUUUUGAUAUCUGGAUUCCCAGAAAAGUUCUCCAAUAAAGUGACUGAAGAGAAGACUAAAAAAAGCCAAGCUCUCCUUGAGACACUAUUGUGUGACUUGAGGGAAUCCGCAGCCAGCUCACUGCAUGCAGGUAGCCUUUUAUUGUUCAGGGAGAGCGAGAAUGGGAUGGAUAUAGAGCAAAGAGAUUUUAGAGGAAGCACCUUAAGCAAAACAGAAGGGGUUCAAGGACCCUUUGAAUAUGCAGCUAAACUACAUAUCCCUAAUAUACUAGCUAAAUUUCAGAUCGGGGAGGCAGAAGCAAUGAACCAUACAACCGUAGUGGAGUUCAUCCUCUUGGGUCUGACCAGCGACCGCCAUUUAGAGAUUCUCCUUUUUGUAGUUCUCCUCAUUGUCUUCCUCUUUAUCUUGUUCGGAAACCUCACUGUCAUCACGAUCACUCUGGUUGACUGUCAGCUUCAAACCCCGAUGUACUUCUUCCUCCGGAAUUUCUCUCUACUGGAGAUCUGCUUCACCUCUACCUUCAUGCCCAGGACUCUCUACAGCCUCCUGAUGUCAAGAAAAGGUAUUUCCCUCCCCAGCUGUUUCAUGCAAUUAUUGUUGCUCUACUGCUUUGGCUCCUCUACAUAUUUCCAUUUGGCUCUAAUGUCUCUUGACCGUUACAUGGCUAUCUGCCACCCACUGCAUUAUGCCACCAUCAUGAACAGCAGGCGCUGUGUUCAGCUGGUGCUGUGCUGUUGGGCAGUGGGGUUCUUCAUCCUCUUUCCUCCCACAGUCAUGAUUGUCUUGUUGCCGUUCUGUGGGCCCAACCUCAUAAACCACUUCUACUGUGACAUAGCCCCAUUGCUCCAGCUCUCCUGCACAGACACACACCUCAUUGAACUCAUGGUAUUUUUUGCAGCUAUCAUUAUUGUACUUGGAACUUUAUCAGUGUCUGUUGUUUCCUAUGGCCGCAUCAUUGCCACCAUCAUGCGCAUCCCUUCUUCAUCGAGCCAGAAGAAAGCUUUCUCCACCUGCUCUGCUCACCUCAUAGUGGUUGUCAUAUUUUACAGCGCUUCCAUCAUCAGAUAUGUCCGGCCCUCUCAGCGGGGUGGGAGAGAUUUUGACAAAAAUAUUUCUUUCCUCUAUUCAGUGGUGACCCAGCUGUUCAACCCCUACAUCUAUGCUCUCAGGAAUAAGCAAGUCAGAGAGGCCCUCAGAGAUGUUAAGAACAGUAGGAAAAAGAAUACAAAGAAUCCAAGACAACCAAUAAAAAGGUUUCAGAGUGCUAAGCUAAAUGUGGAGAUUCCUAUUUUCCAUCACUAG